AUGACUAUUUCUGAUGAUGAAGAACUAGAGAUUGCUGGAGGGUUCAUUGUGGACGACCCUGAUUUGAAGAGAAAACGUGGUGGUAGAAGAAAGGCAGCAGUGGUUAAAUAUGAUAUCUCAUCGGAUGAGGAACAACUUCCUAAAAAGAGAAAGGCCACCACCCGUGGGACUAGAGCGAGAACGAAAAGAGCUCCAGCUGCAGCUACUCGUUCUGGUGACAGUGACGAAGAAUUUAAGAUCAUCGGUAAUGAAUCAGAUGAUGACAUCAUCGUUGUCAGUAGUUUUGAUAAGAAAGAUGGCCAAUCGGGUGAUUCAAUCCAUGAUGCCAUUCUUCUAGAGGAUGACUUAGAAGUCAUUCAAACUGAUGGUGAUGGUGAUGUGGAGGUGGAGGAUGAUGAUGUUCCCUUGGCGAAACGAGCAUCGGGCAAAGGAGCGAAAAAGACUGCAACUAAAAAGAAACCCGCAACACGUAAAAAGAAAGAACCAAAGGUGAAAGUACCCUAUUUCACUAGAGUUACCAACAAGCUUUAUGAGCAACAUCCAAAGUUAAAAGAAGUUUUCCCAUAUUUGGAAUCUGUUGAAAAAAUAGCCGUUGAACGUGCUGAACAACCUCCUGGUAUGACCAUCAAACUCUUACCUUUCCAGUUAGAAGGAUUGAAUUGGUUAAGAAAGCAAGAAGAUGGAGAAUUCGGUGGAGGGAUCCUUGCCGAUGAGAUGGGGAUGGGUAAAACCAUCCAAACAAUUGCGUUGUUUAUGUCAGAUUUGGAAAAACGACCAAACUUGGUUGUGGGACCAACGGUGGCACUUAUGCAAUGGAAACAUGAAAUAGAAAGACAUACACUGGGGGAGAACCAACUAAAAGUUUUAUUAUACCACGGGGCUAAUAGAGCGUCUGAAGUGGAAGAAUUAAUGAAAUACGAUGUGAUAUUGACCAGUUAUUCCGUAUUGGAAAGUGUUUAUAGAAAGGAACAUUCUGGGUUCAAGAGGAAACUGGGGGUAGUUAAAGAAGAUUCAGCAUUACAUCGAGUGCCGUUUUAUCGAGUAGUGCUAGAUGAGGCUCACAAUAUCAAGGAUCGUACUUCGGGAACUGCCAAGGCGGCAAAUACUUUGAACACAGUAAAAAGAUGGUGUCUUACUGGGACACCCUUGCAGAAUAGAAUCGGUGAAAUGUACUCUCUUAUUAGGUUUAUGAAAUUAGACCCAUUUCAUCAAUAUUUCUGUGCAAAGUGUGAUUGUACAUCCCAUGAAUGGAAGUUUAGUAAUUGGAAGAAUUGUGAUUUAUGUGGUCAUACUCCAAUGCUUCAUACUAAUUUCUUCAAUCAUUUCAUGUUGAAAAAUAUUCAGAAGCAUGGGAUGUCUGGAGAUGGUCUCACAUCUUUCCAACAUAUAAGGCUCUUGCUUAACAAUAUAAUGUUGAGAAGAACGAAAGUGGAACGAGCGGAUGAUUUAGGAUUACCACCUAGAAUUGUCGAGAUUAGAAAGGACAGAUUCAACGAAGAAGAGAAGGAUUUAUACACUUCCUUGUAUAGUGAUUCUAAACGUAAAUUCAAUGCAUUUGUCGCUGAAGGGGUUGUUCUUAAUAACUAUGCGAACAUUUUCACCCUUAUCACAAGAAUGAGACAAUUGGCAGAUCAUCCUGAUUUGGUGUUGAAAAGAGUUGGAAGUAAUAGUGUUAGCGGUGGACCCGCAGCUAUUGAAGGGGUUGUAGUAUGUCAACUUUGUGACGAUGAAGCUGAAGAACCAAUAGAGCUGAAAUGUCAUCACAGAUUCUGUCGGAUGUGUAUUUCAGAGUAUGUGGAAUCCUUCCUGGGUGAUUCAUCCAAAUUGGAAUGUCCUGUGUGUCACAUUGGAUUAUCCAUUGACCUUACACAACCUGCUCUUGAAGUUGACGAAGAACUUUUCUCCAAGCAAUCUAUUGUCAACCGGAUUCAAAUGGGUACUCAUGGUGAAUGGAGAUCAUCCACCAAAAUUGAGGCGUUAGUUGAAGAAUUAUACAAACUUCGGUCAGAUCGUCAUACUAUCAAAUCAAUUGUAUUUUCUCAAUUCACUUCAAUGUUGGAUCUAGUUGAAUGGAGAUUGAAACGAGCAGGUUUCCUGACGGUCAAGUUACAAGGUUCCAUGUCACCACAACAAAGAGAUAACUCUAUUAGAUAUUUUAUGGAGAACACUCACGUGGAAGUUUUCCUUGUCUCUUUAAAAGCUGGUGGUGUUGCAUUGAACUUGUGCGAAGCAUCCCAGGUCUUCUUGAUGGAUCCUUGGUGGAACCCAAGUGUAGAAUGGCAAUCGAUGGACAGAGUUCAUCGUAUUGGACAAAAGCGGCCGAUCAGAAUCACCCGUUUCUGUAUUGAAGAUAGUAUUGAGCUGAAAAUCAUCGAGUUACAAGAGAAAAAGGCAAAUAUGAUCAAUGCUACCAUCAAUUCAGACGAUGCAGCUGUACUGAGAUUAACUCCAGAUGAUCUCCAGUUUUUAUUUAUGAAUUAA